AUGAGCUCUACAGUGUCAGAUUCGCUUUUAUCUCUCUUUGCAGAGGACCGUGUGCACACCACUUACACGCCCUACGAAAAUGUCCCUGAAAGUGAAAAUGUGGUCAAGGCUGAUAUCCCUGAUGAAAUUGAAACUGCGGCUACAGCUGAAGUCCCUCAAAUCAUCAACAUGCCUCCAUUCCCGCUCUUGCCAAGCUAUCCAGAUCCAGACAAAGCUCUUGAAGAUAUGAAUGCUUUUGCUUUGCCAUUUGGAUUUAAAUUCAGCAAGGGUCGCUCGCGUGCUUCAAAUGGUGUACCGAAGAAUGUUGAUGUAAUGUGUCGUCGUGGUCGACAGGCCCGAUCAUCAGUCCCCAAGAUUGACUGUCCAUUUCGGGCAGUUAUUCGAAAUAGGAAACAGGGUAACGAAGGUUGGGUUGUCGAUGUCAAGAAUCUUACUCACAAUCAUCCACCAAAGUUUGAAACCUCCAAUUUAUUCGCCAAUCAAUCAUUUUCUCAGACUGCACAACCUACUCAACAAUCUGCUCAGACUGCUGAAGCUGGUCCAGUUGCUCCAGAGCCUGCUCAGCAACCUGCUUCCGAGAAUACCCAAGCUGGUCUAGUUGCUCCAGAGCCUGCUCAGCAACCUGCUCCCGAGACUACCCAAGCAGAUGUGCAUGCAACUCCUUCUGCUGAAAGUGACCAUGACCAUAUUGAUAUUCCCCCAUUCCCUUUUCUGCCAACCUAUCCAAAUGCAGAUAAAGCCCUUCAUGAUAUGAAUAUAUUUGCUCAGCCUCAUGGCUACGCAUAUGUUAAAGGCCGCUCCCGGAAUCAGAACAACAUACCCAAAAACAUCGAUGUUAUCUGCGAUAGAGGCCGUCGGCCUUCUUCUAAACGCCUAUACCAGACCCAGGAUGAUGCAACAGAUGCACUCGACGCUUCAUCCACCCCAAUUCGAAAAAGAAAGUCGCGCAUGAUUGACUGCCCUUUUCUGGUCAUUCUUAGAUACAGACGAAGAGACAACAAUUGGGUUGUUGAUUCUAAAAUAACAACCCAUAACCACCCCCCGACUGAGGCAUCUCGUCACACCCGCCACCGUCAAGCAGAGAUCCAACAACAUCUCCCCUGGAUCCGACAGCUUCUUCUGCAGGACAUUCCCUACAAUGUCAUAAUCAAUGCGAUACAGGGUAUCGCUCAAGAAGACGGUAAAGUAAGUUGUCUUGUACCGCGAGAUUUAUGGGACCUCAAACGUACUAUACAACUUGAGCCAAGUCCCGCUGCAGCGACACCGGCCUCAGCCCGUGCAGCAGUGCUUCGAGAAGCAGAAACCAGCGCUGCUUUAGCCCGGGAAUCCGAAGCUCGCACCGCAGCUCUUCGUGCAGAAUCAGAUCGUGAAAAAUUAACUCGCACAGCUGAAUUCAAUGCUGCUGUGGCAAAGGCCGCAGAAGAAGCUACUGCUAUCGCACUUCGUUCUGCUGCUGCUAGAAUUUCAGCCGUUAGAAGAGCGGCUGCCAUGGCUGCUUCAUCUAGCGUCGUAACUUCUAGGAUAGCAUCAACCCCCACGGCUGAUGUUGAUGGAGACCAUGCGCUGGCAAUUCUUACAGAGGCGCGUCAAGGAGCAAUGAGUCGAGGAGUUUCUGCAGUACCCGCUACACCUGUUGUCGACGCAGCUGCACGUCGAGAAGUGGAUGGCCGAGCAAGAACUAUUCCUCCCAGUCCAAAAACAUCUACAGUACUCUAUCCUGGGAUCCCGGCGACAAUGACAAGUUGCGAGAAGUGGUAG